UAAACAUCACAGCUGACACAGCAAAGCAGAGGCUGGAUAAUAGCGACUGAUCUUACAUCAGCUGCUGCUUCAGACUCAUAUUUACAAAACUACCGAGUGAAGGAAACAGCAGGAUAAUGAGUGCUGCUCAGAGUCAGUCAACACUGGAGGACAAACUGAAGUCCCUGCAGUGCCACUUCACCUGGGACAUUGACCCUGGCACAACCAAACUUUUACUCUUCAGGGACAAACUGGAGGACAUCGGCAAUGAUGAUGGAAACAGCUGGAUGGGUCACAAUUACAACCUGCAGGGAUACAUUCAAUACCAGCUGGGCUUCACUGAAGACGCCCAGCGUUUCUUCAGCAAAGCCACAGAGGCCUUCCGCCGGGCAAGAAAGGUCUCAGAUGAAGGUCCCUGGUUGGUGGUGAACUACGGGAACCUGGCUUGGCUGCACCACCACCUGGGAGAAGAAGCAGAGAGUCAGACUUACCUGUCAAAGGUCGAAACCCUGCUGAAAGAAUACCCAUCUCCAUCCCAGGGCGAGCUCCAUCCAGAGAUCUACGCUGAAAAAGCCUGGACCCUGAUGAAGUUCGGCAAAGACCAAAAGCUGCUGGCUGCAGAUUACUUCCGGAGAGCCAUCAGGAUGCAGCCGGACAUGGUGGAAUGGCACACCAGCUAUAUGAUUGCGUCAGUGAAGGCUUAUAAGUACAGUGACAAACCACAGGAGGAAGACAUCAUGGAGAAAAUGAGAAUGACCAAGGAACAGGAUCCAGAGAAUUUGUACCUUGCUGUUCUCGACCUUGAGCAGCGUGCUCAGGAAGGAGAAAGAAUUGAAGAUGAAGCACGUGAGUUAGCCAGAAAGGUUUUGGAGAAUCCUGUCAGCAGCUACAGUGGAAUGAAAAAGUUAUUAUGGCUUUACAAAAACUAUUUAUCUGUUGAUGAAGCUAUUGAUUUGGCAGAGGAGGCUCUGGCAAAACAUCCAGAUCAACGCUACCUGAAGUGGUGUGCUGCUCUCUGCUACAAAUGGAAGAUAGUUUCUUACAAUGAAAGCCGCAUAAAGCAAAGCAUGAUAGACAGAGCGAUCAGUCUCCAUAAAGAAGUGAUCUCAGUUUACCAUCAUCCAUCAUCACUUCUGAAGAAAAUAGCCCUCGCAAAUAUAUGUGCAAAGUCAAAUCAUGGCCAGGUCGAAGCUGAGCAGAUUUACCAGGAGCUGCUAGAAAUGGAUCUGGAACCUGAAGAGAAACAGAUGGUUUUCCAUUUUUAUGCAAAUUACUUAAACAUCAAGAGCCACAGGUCGACAGAAUACCACAUGAAGGCGGCAGAGAUACAACACAAAUCCUACUUUCGAGAGAACAGCGUCAAAGUGCUGAAGAGGAUUAAAGACAGAAACAGGAACCAAAUGUGUAGAGAAAUAGAGGAGCUACUGGCCAAUCUGGAAGUUGAGAGAUCCUAA